GAAACAAAACCCACUUCGUGAAACUGAGAGGGUUUAAGGCGGCGGCGGAUAUGUCGGAGAAUCGGGAAGAAGAAUCCCUCUGCGAGGCCGCGCGAAGCGGCGAGCUCGAGCGAGUGAAUUCUCUGAUUGCAGCUGGAGCUGAUGUCACCUACUUCGACGCUGAAGGCCUCACGCCGCUGAUGCACGCCGCCAAAAAUGGCUUCGCCGAAGUGGUCAGAGCCCUCCUCGACGCCGGUGCGCCGUGGAACGCUCUCACCCCUUCAAAUCUCUCCGCAGGAGACUUCGCCAUGGAUAAUGGCCAUCAAUCCGCCUUCGAUGUCCUCCUCAAUGCCGGCAUUCAAGCUGAAUUGGUUCUCGGAACUAUAGCAAGGAAAGACAAUGGAAAGGGCAAUCCUAAUGGGGAUUAUUUGGAGGAGAGGGUUACAUUUAGUGAGGAUAAAGUAAUGGACGCAGAAAGCAAGGCUAUUAUGAUGGCUUGGGAGAGGCCGCUAAUGGAAGCCCAUGCUAAAGCUAUUUGCUCAGGAGGUGGGCACAUACUGAACAUUGGGUUUGGCAUGGGUCUUGUGGAUAGUGCCGUACAACAAUAUUCACCUGUGUCACACACCAUUGUUGAAGCCCAUCCAGAGGUAUAUGCUCGUAUGCUGCAGACUGGGUGGGGUGAGAAGGAGAAUGUGAAGAUAGUUUUUGGCCGCUGGCAAGAUGUCCUUUCUCAACUGGAGUCAUAUGAUGGGAUAUUCUUUGACACCUAUGGGGAAUAUUAUGAAGAUAUGAGAGAGUUUCACCAACAUCUUCCGCAACUAUUGAAGCCGGGGGGAAUAUAUUCAUUCUUCAAUGGACUUUGCGGUAGUAAUCCCUUCUUUCAUGUUGUUUACUGUCAGUUAGUUUCGCUGGAACUCGAGAUGUUGGGCUACUCCACACAGUUGAUACCCUUACCGGUGAAGGAUUGUUUAGGAGAAGAAACCUGGGAGGGUGUGAAACACAAAUACUGGCAGCUGGAUACUUAUUCCCUUCCUGUUUGUCAGUCUCUAGAUGACUCUGAUUCAUAGUUUUUCACAUUUCUCUUCCACCUACUGGGUUAUGAAUACCUUGUACUAUGCUUGAAUGUAGACUAUCUGCCUUUUGAUAAUGAAGUUCUCCAUUGUUUCU